UAAAACCGAUGGAGGCAAAACCAUCAAAUUCUGGAAUGGCGGCACAUUUUAAGUCUGAUCAGGAACUUUUAAGCAAUUUUAACCUUGUUUCAGCAAGUAAGCUCACCAAGCAAUCUCGUAGUUGUUUAACUGUGUUGGAUGAUUGUUGUCUGAUUCAAGAGAUGCAUGGGUGCAAGAUGAUUGGUAUAGCUAAAGAGAUAAAUGACCUCUAUUACCUUAUGAUUUCUUGCCAAGAUGGAAAACACGUGAGUGAAAAGGGAGAUAAUAGUUUUCAUGCUUUUACUUGUAAUGCAAUAAAAUUGCAGGUGUGGCAUUAUAGACUAGGUCAUUUAGUGGUCAAUAAGUUGCAUCAUAUCGAAUGUCUAGGUUUGAAUAAUUGAAAUAGCUUAAUUAUUCAAGAGUCAGA